AUGCCCGGCUCACUGGCAGAUUACCUCGCCAAGAACUACCUCAAUGCAGAUCCGUCCACGGAGCGGCCGAAAAAGAAGCGCAAGAAGACCAAAACCACUGACACCGCUGGCUCUGGCCUAAUCAUCACCGACGACGACCCGUCCGAUCUCCGAAACACAACUACUACCACUGGCCAAGAUGACGAUGACUCCCCUUUCAUCGACACCUCUGCGGUGAGCACCGAGUUCCGCCGUGCCAAGAAAUCCUCUUGGAAAACAGUCGGCGGCCCCGACCCAACUGCUACACAAACCGACCAAGAAGCCGCAGACGCGAUCCUAGCUGCCGCUGCCGCUGAGCGCAGUGCUCGCCAAGCAGAUGAGGAUGAAGACGGGCCGACAAUCGAAGGCGAGACACAAGACGAUGGACCCCGUAUGGAGAGCGGUGCCCUAGCUGGUCUCCAGACGGCUGCGCAAACAGCGGCGAUGGUCAAAGCGCAAGAGCGACGGCGCAAAGCCGAAGAAGCCGCCUACCGUGACCCUUUGGCGACAGCAGGCCAGUCCCAAGAAACAAUCUACCGAGACGCAUCCGGUCGGAUCAUCAACGUGGCGAUGAAGCGUGCGGAGGCUCGACGCGCCGAAGAAGUAGCGCGCGAGAAAGAGGAGCGAGCGCGGGAGGCGCUGAUGGGCGACGUGCAGCUGGCUGCGCGUCAGACCCGCAAACAGGAGUUGGCGGAGGUGCGGGCGAUGCCGGUUGCACGGGGCAUUGAAGACGAGUCGUUGAACGAGGAGCUGCGUGGGCGGGAACGUUGGAAUGACCCUGCGGCGCAGUUUCUCACGGAGAAGAAGGGGCCCAAGGCGAGCGUGACGGGGCGGCCGUUAUAUACGGGAGCAUUCCAGCCGAAUCGGUAUGGGAUUCGACCAGGGCAUCGGUGGGAUGGGGUGGAUCGGGCUAAUGGGUUUGAGAAGGACUGGUUUGCGGCACGGAAUAAGAAGAGCCGGUUCGAGGCGUUGGAUUAUCAGUGGCAGAUGGAUGAAUAG